AAAAGCAAAAUUGCAAGGCGGCUGUUUUACUGUGAAAUUAUGUGACCGCUGAAGUCGGUUCCUCUUAAAAGGAGUUCUGGAAUCGCUCCAAUAUCUCCACGAAAGGCAGCUUGCCUGAGAAACUCAUCCCUUUCUCUCUUCUUAGUUCUGGGUUCCUCUGUUUUUGUUAAUAGCUGAAUGGUCUAUUAAGGACUGAUCUUUGCUGAGCUGAAUAAAGAAGAGAUGAUAUGUUAGGAUAUUUUAGCUGUAAAAGCUGAAUCUAUUUCUCAGAAGAAUGGUGGCAAAAGCACUACUGUCCCCAUCAUUUAUAGGGUUAGCAGUUUCUGUUGCUUUUGUUGCUCUUGUACUUCGAUUUCCAGUUAAAUCACCAGUUCAGGCAAGGCUGUGGACUUCUGAAGAGCUAUCUAUGUAUAAUGGGACUGAUAAUGGGUUGCCUAUCCUAUUAGGAAUUCUGGGAUCUGUGUUUGAUGUAACAAAAGGAAAGUCUCAUUAUGGUCCAGGAGGGGGUUACCAUCAUUUUGCUGGAAGAGAUGCUUCACGGGCAUUUGUUUCAGGGAACUUUUCUGGGGAUGGACUAACUGAUUCAUUGCACGGCUUAUCCGGAACUGAGAUGAAGAGUGUUGUUGAUUGGCGGGAUUUCUACUUCAGAAGCUAUACAUUUGUUGGACACUUGGUUGGUCGUUAUUAUGAUAAUCAAGGGAGACCAACUAAAUUUUUGAAGGGAGUUGAAGCAAAGGCUGCUAGAGCAGCCCAGCUUUUAGAGAAACAGAAGAAGGAAGAGGCUAAGCUUCCCAGUUGCAAUUCAAGAUGGAGUCAACAAGAGGGAGGAGAGGUCUGGUGUGAUGUAGGCUAUCCAAGAUUAGUACAGAGACCUCAAGAAAUUGCUUUGACUGGGAAAAUGAGCAUGCGGUGUGCGUGCUUCAAAGAAGAGGAACUCAGCCAGCCUGGUUUGGAGGUCUACAAGGGUUGUGAUUAUCUAUCACAGGUUUGCCGAGUCUAACAAAAACCAUUGUGUUCAACUUGUGACUGAACUUCUGUUUUUUCUGGGUGGAUUGAAGUUGAUGUAGAAUUUUAUCUUUUUAUGUUAUUGGGAUCACUUGUAAUUGAGAUUUGGAGGAAUAGAUGGUUACGUGAAAGAGCUCCAUUGCAGUCACUAGCAGUUCCAAGCAUUCAUCGUGUCUUGGUGUGAAUGUUCUUUCAGACUCUGUAAGUUACAUAUUUGGAAGGCCCCAGCCUCAAGUGAAAUGCCAAUUUUUUGGAUCUGCAAUUUUGUAAUACACCUUUGUAGAGUUUUUUAAUAACAUUGACCGUGACAAUUUUAUUUAAAUGUUUGAAAUUGUCUCAUGAACAUAUCCACAGAUGGUGAAAAAUGCAACUUUAUGUUGAAUGGUCCAAACUGAUGUAUGUGAAAACAUGUGGGGAUUUGGAGCAUCUUAAUUGUUUAUUUGUAUAUUGAUUUUU